UUCAUUAUUUAACUGGCACUUUUGCAUGCGUUUCAGACAAUGAACCAGGAAAUGUUUCAGUUCAGAGAAAUCGAUACUAAUCUGCUGUCGAACUGUUGUGAAUGUCUCUCCAGCUGUGUCUUUGUUCAGUAAAAUGGCAGAAUCCAGUGUUUCUUUGGCUCAGGAUCAGUUCAGCUGUUCAAUCUGUCUGGAUCUACUGAAGGAUCCAGUGGCCAUUCCUUGUGGACACAGUUACUGUAUGAGCUGUAUUACAGACUGCUGGGAUCAGGAUGAUCAGAAGGGAGUCUACAGCUGCCCUCAGUGCAGACAGACCUUCACUUCUAGACCUGUUUUAGGUAAAAACACCAUGCUGGCUGAAGUAGUGGAAAAACUCAAGAUGACAAAACUCCAAGCUGCUCCUGCUCGUCCUGCUCAAUGUUACUCUGGAUCUGGAGAUGUGGAGUGUGACGUCUGUACUGGGAGAAGAUAUAAAGCCAUCAAGUCCUGUCUGGUGUGUCUGGAAUCUUACUGUCGAAAUCAUUUAAAACGUCAUGAAGAAUUUCACUCUGGAAAGCGACACAAAAUGACUGAUGCCACUGGACAACUGCAGGAGAUGAUCUGUCCUCUACAUGAUAAACUGCUGGAGAUUUUCUGUCGUACUGAUCAGCAGUGUAUAUGUUAUAUGUGUAUGGUAGAUGAACACAAAGACCACGACACUUUAUCAGCUACAGCAGAGAGAACUGAGAAACAGAGACAACUGGAGGAGACACAGAGAACAAACCAGCAGCGAAUCCAGGAGAGACAGAAGGAACUUGAGAAGCUGAAAAAGGCUGUAGAGUCUCACAAGCGCUCUGCACAGACAGCAGUGGAGGACAGUGAGAGGAUCUUUACUGAACUGAUCCGCUCCAUUGAGAGAAGCCGCUCUGAGGUGACACAGCUGAUCAGAGAUCAGGAAAAGGCUGAAGUGAGUCGAGCUGAAGGACAACUGGAGCAACUGGAGCAGGAGAUUGAAGAUCUGAGGAGGAGAGACGCUGAGCUGGAGCAGCUUUCACACACAGACAAUCACAUCCGUUUCCUCCAGAGUUUCCAGUCUGUCUCUGUUCCUCCUGCAUCUAUAAACUCACCCAGCAUCAGUGUCAGUUCUAUUCCAUCUUUUGGUGAUGUUGAAAAAUCUGUGUCUCAUCUGAGAGAGAAACUGGAGCAUUUCUUCAGAGAGGAGAUAGAAAUGUUAUCUAGUAGAGUGACAAACAUCAACAUCAUACCCACCUCUGAACCCGAGACCUGUGAGGAAUUCCUCAAAUAUUCCCAUCAGCUCACUUUGGAUCCAAAUACAGUGAAUAAAAACCUGGUACUGUCUGAAGAGAACAGAGUGAUUGAAUACAUUCGUGAAGAACAGCUGUAUCCAGAUCAUCCAGACAGAUUUGACAGUUUUCCUCAGGUGUUGUGUAGAGAGAGUGUGUGUGGACGCUGUUACUGGGAGGUUGAGUGGAGUGGUUGGGUGGGUAUAUCAGUGUCAUAUAAGAGAAUCAGCAGGAAAGGACGGGGAAAGGAAUGUGAGUUUGGUUGUAAUGAUCAGUCCUGGAGUUUGUACUGCUCUGACUCCAGCUGGUCGAUCUGGCAUAAUAACCGUAGGACUGCACUCCCUGUAGUGUCCAGCUCCUCUAGAAUAGGAGUGUAUGUGGAUCACACUGCAGGAACUCUGUCCUUCUACAGCGUCUCUGACACAAUGACCCUCAUUCACAGAGUCCAGACCACAUUCACUCAGCCUCUCUAUGCUGGGUUUUGGGCUAACAAAUUUUUGAAAGGACUAAUGUUUUCCUUUUCAAAAGCGAAAGUCUGUCAUCUCAAAAUAUAGAUGGUAAAAACCUUCUAUAAAUAAUAUAGUGAGAGACAUUUGCAAGAUAUCAUAUCAAUGUUUUGAAUUUCAACAUUUAUUCUUAUUUACUCCAAAUAUUAUCAAUACAGUAUUAACUGAUUUAUUCACUGAUUUUAUUGAUCACUUGCAAUUAUGCUUGUUAUUUGUUAUGUAUGAUAUUGUCUUUGAUAUUGUCUUUUAAAUGGAAAUAACUGCAUUUAAAUAAACUGUGUAAAAUCACAUCCAUGUGUGGCUGUCUACCCAGUGCAUAAAUGUAACUCACAUUUAAAGGGCCUCUCAUUUACAAAUAAAAACAUAAAAGGCUUCAAAUA